GUUAUCCCUCAGAGCUGUGCCUGGAGAAAGCGGGAGGAGAAGGACACUAGGAAGCCCUACGGUACUACAACAUGGGCCAUGGCUCCUCACCCCUCUAAGAAAAGCGCUCUCCAUAAAGAGCAAGUGCUAAACUUGCAAAAUCCUUCAGGGUCAAUGGGAUGAUGCUGUGGCUUUCAUGGGUAGUUUCCCCUCUAUUUCUGACAUUAGCAUCCGCGAACCAAGCCCCAGAGUUCAACAUGAACAGCACCCUUAUGUUGCCAGAGGACACACCUGUAGGGACCUUGGUUCUGCAGUUGGUGGCAAAGGAUCCUGAAAAUGAACCAUUAUACUAUAGCAUUGCGGGUGAAUAUGCUUACUACUUCUCACUUGAUAGUAGAACAGGCAACGUGACGCUGAAGCAACCUGUGGAUUAUGAGCAAACAAGUGUUAUCCUGCUCAACGUGCAAGUGACAGACAAGAUAAAUCUACCAAACUCUAAAAUAAUCACUAUCAUUAUAAUUGACCGGAAUGACAAUAAACCAAUAUUCCAGAAUGAACCUUAUUUGAUAGAUGUCCCUGAGAACACAAUAAUUGGUACCCAAAUCUAUGAUGUGAGAGCUGUGGAUAUUGACAGUGAAAAUGCUGGACGGGUAUCCUAUGGAAUCAUAGAGGUCAUUCCAAACAGUGCAGAGAAUCGUCAGCUUUUUAACAUUCUGCAAAAUGGCACUGUAGUGUUGAAUGGCUCACUCAGCUAUAACAAUAAGAGCACUUUCUAUCGAAUCAAGAUCUUUGCUAAGGACAAUGGAGGAUUGUUGCAUGGUUCUUUUAUCUAUCAGAACAAUACGGCUUAUAUAUCUGUGACAGUUAUUGAUGUUCCAGAUCUGGACCCACAGUUUUUGGGAGAGCCAUAUGUGGCCUCAGUGUCAGAGAACUGCCCUCUGGGUACUCCUAUAAUGACAGUAUUGGCCAUUGACAAGGACAAAUCUGUGGAUGAUACAAUCCUUUACAAUAUCACCGAUGCCAGCAGCCUAUUUGCAGUGAACCAGUCCACAGGAGUCAUCACUGUGAAUAGUGACCUGGACCGAGAAGGUGUGCCAGGUGAAGAGGUGCAAUUUCACAUUGUUGCUCGAGAAAAACACCUGAACAUUUACCACCAAGUGGCACAAGUGACCUCCCAGGUGACCAUCCAUAUCACCGAUAUCAACGAUAACAAACCUCAGUUUUAUUUAUGCACGGCUCCUCCCUGCAACUUCACAGGCCCUAUAGACGUCGAUGUUUUAGGUCAGAUCGAGGAACAUGCUUCUGCCAGAACACCUGUGGCCAACCUCAGCAUUGUAGCCUAUGAUCCUGACAAGGGUGAAAAUGGAACUUUCCAGCUGUUCCUGAGAGGUCCUGAUGCACCAGCAUUCUCAGUGUCACCCAGGCAGAUUGUAAACGAAGGCACCGUUCAAGUGAUAGUGAUAAAUUCAAACCUUGUGGAUUAUGAAACUGCAACUACUAUGAGUGUGGAGAUUGUAGCAAAUGAUACCAGGAGGAAAGAUGAUUGCUGCUCUUCUGUCACGGUGACCAUCCAUCUUCUUGACAUCAAUGAUCACAGGCCUGAAUUCAGACAGACUGACUACAAGCUCUUUGUAUUGGAAGAGAGCCCACCUGGUUCCAUUGUAGCUUAUAAUAUCACAGCCACUGAUCCAGACAGUGGAAAGUUUGGAGAGAUCACCUACCAAUUACUGCCUAAGAGCAUCCAAUCAGAUUUCACUGUGAAUUCAAUGAACGGUACAAUAUUUGUGGCCAAUGGCAGCAAAAUAAAUUGGGGGAUGCGCCCUGUCUAUUAUGCCACUUUGCAAGCAAUGGAUGGUGGUGGGUUGAUUGGUUCUACCCAAUUGGAGAUCACAGUGAUUGACAUCAACAACAAUCCUCCGGUUGUGAUAGGUUCCUACAACUUCAUAGUAAUUGAGGGCAACAGCAUCGAGCCUAUCCAGAUCCAGGCCACUGAUCAGGAUAACCCAGAAACCAAUAAUAGCCGACUGCAUUUUGAAAUUAUGCCUGGCAAUUUCAGCAACAACUUCACUAUUAACCCAGAAACUGGAGAGCUCAUCAGCAAAGGGCCCUUGGACCGAGAAGCUAUUCCUGUGGAGCUCAACGGGAAGAUAGUGGUGAUGAUACUUGUAGAAGACUUGGGAAUCCCUCAGUUGAACACCACUGUCAAUGUCACCAUCACUGUGGAGGACAAAAAUGACAAUGCACCCAGCUUCAGCAGUUUGAAUUAUGAGUUCUCUGUUUCUGAAGACUUGCGAGGUACCUUAGUGGGAGUUGUGGAAGCCAGAGAUGCUGACCAAACACAAAUUCACAACCGUAUUUCAUUCUACAUUAAUAGCAGCACAGGCUCAAACAACUUUCUGAUUCGCUCCAGCGCCCAGGGAUCUGGCUGGUAUCAGGGCAUGUUGUAUCUAGACCCAGAAAUUGUUCUUGACUAUGACCAAAUGCAGGAGAAGUUCUUCAAUCUCAUUCUACGGGCUGAAAAUUCAGACUUAGGGGAAACAAUAGAAGCUGCCAUUGCCAUGGUGAAGGUGUAUGUGCUAGAUGUCAACGAUGAGUCCCCAACCAUUGUACCAUUUCCACCAGAAAACAUUCACGUUAGAGAGAAUGAAAAACUACAUAAGUUAGCAGCUGAGCUGGAGGCUACUGAUAAGGACACCAACCACUCAUUAGUAUUCCAGGAGUUGGGUGUUGCAUGUUUCAACAGUACAGGCAGUGCAGGCAAUAUAUGUCAGCACUGGUUCCAGCUAGAAGCCAAUGGAUCACUUUUUGUGAAUAGUUCAGAUAUAGACUAUGAACGGUGCACCCAAGUGGAAAUCACACUGCGUGUUAAGGACGAGUUCACUGCAGUAGGAAAUCCCUACAGUAGAAAUGAGACUCUGGUCAUCUUAAUUGGUGAUGCAAAUGACAACGCACCCCAGUUUUAUCCUGUUGAUGACACCUUUGUAAUAAUCCCAGAAAUCUCUUCGCUAGACCUGUCUGUGGCUGUGGUCAAGGCCAAGGAUGCCGAUUCAGGUGAAAAUGGUGUGAUCACAUUUUCGAUCUCCGAGGUAGUUUUCAUCCACGAAGAUGAAUCUCGACAGCAGUUAUCCAAUGUUUUCAAAGUGGCAAAGACAUUGGAGAAGGAUGUCUCUGUGGGAAACAUUCA